UUCGCUUCUAUAUCCCUUGUACAAGACGUCAGACUUUUUUUGUUUCCAGAAAUACGUUCGAGUAAGUUGAACAGACAAACCAAGUGAUUAUUUACAAACGCCUCUUGUACGAGCAACACACAAGACACGCAGGUGUGCGGCCUUGGAAGUUCAGCUUGCAGAGACCUCAUGUCAAUAAAUAGUCACGCGUUUUAUAGGUUAUGCAAGGUUCAGGUUCAGGUUAUGUUCAGAGAGUUGUAUACAUGCAGCGCAUAACACUUUUUAAAAAGACAAUGUAUUGUGCGUGUCAGCUGUAAUAUAUAUCAAAUAGCUUAUAAAUAGAGCAAAUUGGCUAUUAGAUAAAUUUAUAAAAUUUUUAUUCCCACGAUAAAAGAAUAUAAUCAUCGUUUUCAGAGAAUAUAAAAAAGAUAAGUUGGCAGAUUUGUGUUGGAAAGUGAAAUUCUAUAAGUUUAAAUCAGAAAUAGGAUUCGAAGAAGAUUGACUUGAUAUAUUUUUGUCACUGAAAAUGGACGAUCAAGCCUGUCCGCGAUGCAAAACCACGAAAUAUCGAAAUCCAUCGUUGAAAAUGAUGGUGAAUGUAUGCGGUCACGCAUUGUGCGAAAGUUGUGUCGAUUUAUUGUUUCUGAAAGGUUCGGGAUCCUGUCCGGAAUGCAAGAUUCCAUUGAGAAGAACAAACUUUCGAGUUCAAAUGUUCGAAGAUCCUAUGGUCGAAAAAGAAGUGAGCAUAAGGAAACGCAUCUUGCGGGAUUACAACAAAAAGGAAGAAGAUUUUGCCACGCUGAGAGAAUACAACGAUUACUUGGAAGAAAUUGAAAGCGUUGUAUACAAUCUGACUCACAACAUUGAUGUGAUUGAAACAAACAAGAAGAUAGAACAGUAUAAGAAGGAUAACAAAGAGCAAAUAGUGAAAAGUAAAUCUAAACUCGGCAGAAGCGAGCACGAGCUGGAGGAGAUAAUAGAAAUGGAGAAGCAAAAAGAGGAAGAGAGGAGGAUAGAACUUGCAAAGGAGGAAGUUGAGACGAAGAAAAAGAAAAUACGCGAGAAAGAAGCUCUGAUAGACGAGCUGACGUUCUCCGACGCGAAUGCCAAAAAUAUUAUUCAGUCUUUCGCUUCCGCGAUACAGAAGCAAAAGACGGAGGAGAAAAUUUCUUCCGCUCCUGCUGUUAAAAUUACUCAGUUUAGUACGGGUAUCAAAUUUGGUACUCCGGGAGGAGGAAACCAACCUUAUGUUCCUGUUUCAAAAGCGGAGGAAGGUCCUCUAUAUACCUACACGCCCGUUCGGCAACAAACGGACGGGCCAUUGCCACCUAAUUGGCGAGAACUACAGACUCGCGGAUACGUUUCGCAUAUACGUCCUGAAUCCGAUGCGGAAAGGGCGGGCGGUUUUAAAGCGAAUUUCGCGUGUUUGCGAGCGCUCCAGGAAGCAAUGGCCAGUCUAUAUCACAAUCCGUCACAAACACAGACGGGACUUCCAUCUGUCUGACUAUGCAAAUUACUUUUGGACAAGUGUGAUAGUACCUCUGACUGUUUUUAUUAUUAUUUAAUAUCGAGAAUUGAUCGAAUGUCAAUUUAACGAGAGUAUUGCUUUUGUUUGUUUUUUUUCUUAUCUGGCGUGUUUAUGUGCUACAAUUGUGCUUCGAGCACAAAUUGAUAUGUAUAAACUGAAAUUGCCAAAGCACAUUUAUCAUCAGGGAAGCAAUUUCCUGCUCUGUAUAUUAUUCUAAUAUUUUUUUCUUUUUGUAUUAAUUGUGAAGAAUUAUUAAUACUAUUGAAAAGAGUCGUUACAUUCCUCUUGGAUGGAAGAAGACACAAAAGAUAUCGAAUAAUUGUAUACGAAAGUUUUUUUUUUACUAAAUGUUGGAAAUUAAACAAAAACAGAAUACACACAUGUGGACAUUGUAAAUAUGUAUAUUCUACAUUAAAAACAAAUCUGCAACAAAAAAAAAAAUAAAAGUUUAGCAUAUUUAAGUCACGUUUCCAAUUUGUAUUGUGUUUUCCUUUGU